UAGCACUGCACUGCGCUCUCACACAAUUACAACAGAGCAACAAGCAGCAACAACAACCACCUCUCAAGAACAGCAGAAAAAAAAAACAGCUCACUCAUCACACACCUCGUAGUUCAUUCAGAGGAGAAUCGAAACACACAAGAAAUCAGCCCAACACAAUGAGGCCAGGAGCAGGUUUCAAUGCAACGGCAGCGGCGGCCGUAGCCCCCGUGGCGGCCGCCGGAGCCGCGCAUUCGGCGUGGCACUCGCCCGUGCCUUACCUCUUCGGCGGCCUGGCCGCCAUGCUCGGCCUCAUCGCCUUCGCGCUCCUCAUCCUUGCCUGCUCCUACUGGAAGCUCUCCGGCUACCUGGAGGGCGGCGCCGCCGGCCGUGGCGAUGGCGCCGGCUCCGCCGCCGACGGCAUGAAGCCGGCGGCGUCUGACCUGCCGCCGCCGAUAUGGGAGGAGAAGAUCCUGGUGAUCAUGGCGGGCGACGUGAAGCCGACGUACCUGGCCACGCCCAUGUCGAGCAGAGCUUCCUCCUUCGGAGACCGCAGCAGCAAGGGAGAGGAGGGGGGAGAAGAGAAGAAAGUGCAGGAAGUCGCCUUGGCUAGCAUCAAAGUUGAUGAUAAUGGUGAGCACAGUGAGAGCCAGAGAGAAACUGAUGAUCACCACCGCAUCCCAGAGGUGUGACUGAGAUUUUGCUUCUUCUUCUUCAUUUAGGUUUAGGUAAUGUUUUGGUGGCCGGCUGAUAGGUCGAUCGAUGAGAUCACUCGAAUGGCUCAAAAUUGUUGGCAGAGCAAUUUUGUUUUGGUUUCCUGAAAAAAAUAUGGAGCACUUUGAUGCCUCCAGAUGCCCAGAUAGGAUAUAGAACGGGAUUGGAUAAAGUCCAUGUACACUGGGAAGUACGUGCAGACCCGAUCAGAGUCAUAAUUUUUGUGGGGUUGUGUGUGAUUCUGCAAUGACGAAAACGGAGCAGAGCCGAAUUGCCGACAGUAUGGCACAAGAGAACAGCAAUUUAUCAAGACCAUAUUUUUGUGGAGUUAUCUGUAACUUAAUUUUGCCAUGAUGGGAGUGAGAAAUGCAGCUUUUGCUAAGCCUCUUGUCCCUACAUAAAAAGUUGGUGCUUCUAUUUCCUUUGCUUUUGGGGUUUUUUGGCUCCUUGUAAUGGAAAUGAGAAUAUUUUUCUUCU